AUGUGGGAUGAGGGAGAUAAAAACCCCGACGACUACAUGCUUCCAAAACCUCUCCACUGUUGUUAUAGCAGCAUGCAAUGGUCUGAAGGAUUUGCUCAAAACCUUACUAAGCUAGACGUUAGUUCCUCAAAGAAACUAGAGGAUAUAAUCAGCAAAGAGAAAGCUACUAGUAAUGUUACAGAGAAUGAUGAAUGUCUUGUUACUCCGUUUCAGAAACUAGAAUAUUUGGUCUUGAACGAUCUACCUGCACUUAAGAGUAUCUACUGGAGUCCUCUGUCUUUUCCCCGUCUGAAAGAGAUCUUCAUUAAAAAAACUGCUUAG